UGUUGACAUGACAACAUAACAUCGCCGGUACAAUUACUAGUAGAACAGCGGUUUCCUUUACUUCCCAAAUUAACAAAAAAAGAGAAGAGAAGAGGUUCACGGACGAAGGUGGAAGCAGAACAAAAUGGCACCACACGAUCUCCGCCGUCCGUUCAAGCGAGCAGCGAUCUCCGACCAGCAGAGGCGCAGGGAACUCUCCCUACAGCGCCAAGCACAGCACCGCCGCGACGCCCAACACCAAGCUCGCUGCUUAGCCUCUUUCCUCAACCCCCACUCCGACCCCGAACCCGAACCCGAAACCACACCCGAAACCGAACCCGAACCCGAAACCGAACCCUCAGACUCACCGAAAGAGCUCGACAUUCGCCACGCCUCGAAACUGAAAGGCACCGAAGCUCGUAAAUGGUUCGCCCGACAACUCAUGCUCCCCGAGUGGAUGAUCGACGUCCCUGAUCAACUUCCCCAAGACUGGUAUGUGUUUGCGAGGCCAGCAGGGAAGCGAUGCUUUGUGGUGUCGAGCAAUGGAACGACUGUGAGUAGGUUGAGAAAUGGUUCGAUGCUGCACCAUUUUCCUUCUGCGUUGCCUAGUGGAGCUAGGACUAAAGAUUCCUCAGGCUCUGCUCAGUCUUAUUCUAUACUCGACUGCAUUUUUCAUGAGUCGGAUCAGACUUACUAUGUGAUAGACAUGGUGUGCUGGCGGGAGUACUCACUCUAUGACUGCACGGCUGAGUUUAGGUUCUUUUGGUUGAGCUCCAAGCUUGCGGAGACUGGUGCAUGUGACUCACCUUCGCAGUAUCAUAGAUACAGAUUUAGUCCAGUUCCGGUGUACAAUUGUGACCAGGCUGGUCUAUCUGCAGCUUAUACUGGUGCAGUCCCUUACGUGAAGGAUGGUUUGUUGUUUUAUAACAAGCAUGCCCAUUAUCAGACUGGAAAUACACCACUAGCAUUAGUUUGGAAGGAUGAGAAUUGUAGUCAAUAUGUCAUUGACACAGAUAGCAAAGGACAGGUUCCAAGCCAACAACAGGUAGUUUUGGAGCUACAAGAUAAUGGGAACUUGUCUACAUCAGAUGAUCCUCCUGUAGUAUUUGGCUGCUUGGAUCGGGCCUUUAUAGAACAGACAGAGUCGCGUUCAGGGAAUCUCCUGCGAUUUGCUAUUGGUGAUGGAGGAUUGAAUUUUGUGGAUGGGAAGCUUGAGAAGGCAGAUUUACAUUAUCUUGGCAAGCCCAAUCGAGCACGUGCUUUUGCAGAUAGUUACUCCAAGGUUAUGUUCCAGUAUAUGGCUCGGCAUUCUCCUCUAAGAAUUGAUGAUCUACUAGCAUCUAUUAACUCAUUAAGUGAUCAAGAAAACAAACCUUCUGAUGUGGAGAUGGUUGGUUGAUGGUGAUUGUCAAAGAUAGUGAUACGAGUUUCAGUCCUUGGCUUUUGCCUAUUAAAUAGCAAGCUAUAUAUUAUGUAUGGGAUCAUUUAGGCGCUUCAUUCUCCCAAAGGCCUCUCCAUUAAUUGUCGUUCAAUACAGAAGCUGGCUCCUAUGCAUCAGAUGUUUGUUGUGGCAGUCAUAGCUAGAGAAUUUUGGUUGGAUCUAGCAGGCUGGUUAUAUGCUUGUAUGUCUUUGUGAGCCACUUACUGCAGAAUCAUACGUGUGUAUGGAAAUGUGAAGAAUUUUGCCAGAUUAAAGUAGCUGUAUUUUGGCAGUGCACAAACACUUAUGGACAGAGGGGAUAGUAGAGGUUUAUUUCUCAUUGUAUAAUUCGUAGGUCAAAUGGGUGUGUAAUGAACCAAAAAUGAAAAAGAAAGGAGAAAAAAUUGUCCUUUUUGUUAAA